AUGGUGUGGUAUGGUCCAGUUGGCCGUGGUGGCCUGACUUGCUUCUGUGUCUCACUGGGCCACUAUGAAGGAACUUCAUUCUGCUGGGGAUGUGAACGAUUGUCACACACAGGAGAUGCUGGAGUAUUAAUAACAGAAGUCUGCAAUGACAUGAGAGCAAGUCUCACUGUCCCUGGAUAUCAGUGGGAGAUGAUUGAUUAUGUUGUGAUAGUUCAAGUGUUUUUAGUUCUCUUGCUUUUAGACAGAAUUGUAUGGUCAUUCAAAGAAAGGUUUUUUGUAAAGGGAGACAAGGAACAUGCCAGUAGCAGCUCAGCACUAGCCAUAGUAAAAAGUAAUACUCUUAGCCAGUAUCAUGCUGACUUGGAAGAAAAUAAGCACUCAGGACUAGCUUAUGACUUGAAUGCAUCCAAACCUGCAAGAAGGAACAGCAUUGGUGCUAUGGUAAGACAUGGGACAAAAGCAAAACCUCGAUGUUCAGACCAAGAACAGCCUAUGUCUGAGACGGCAAGAGAUAUCCAGGCCCUAUACCAAGAACAGAAAGCUGUUGAAACACAAGUGCAAGAAGCUAAAGCAUCCUUAAAUCUCCUACCAGCAACUGAACAAGGACUCAAGCUCUCCAUAGUGAACUUUAUGGCCUGUGUGAAAAGUCAGGUGUCUCUGCAGGAAGAUUGGCUUAAGAUGAAAGAAAUGGCAGCUUCCCUGGGCGGGAAAGACGUUGGGGAGAACUUGGAAUUAGAGGAACAAGGGAAUAAAGACCAAGUUGAUGACCAUGCAAAAGGAUCUAGGAAGAAAUGGAAGGAGGCUGCAAUGUCAAGGAAAUAUUUAAGCAUUCAUAGUAGAGAGAAAAAGCAGUUCUACAAUAUUGUCAAAAAAGAGAAGAAAGCCCAGAUGAUAGCUCAUCAUAAAGUUAGCCAGGCAAAAAAAGCCUCCAUUGAAAGGCCAGAUUAUUAUCCUGGUGAUAAAGGAAAUAAUAUGACUGAAGCACAUCACCCAAAGGGAAUAGAGCAUCUGGGAAUAUUAGCUGUCAAGACAGAUCUUGACUUACAGCAUAAGGUGCAAAGUUCUGAAGCCGAUGGCCUGGUAAAUCUUGCAACUGAAGAGCUAAAGACCUACCGAAGACGAUUCCAAGAUCUUGAAUUACAGUUGGAAAGAACGAUUUUUUCUUAUCAGUGGCAGAUUCUAACUCUGAAAAGGAAAGCUAUUGAUGACUGGUUACAAGUUCGGAAGGCUGAACGAAGCCUCCUCCUCAUCAGACAGGAGGUCACAGGCCUAAAACAGAGAAUAAGGGAAAGUGCAGUCCAACUUCAGCUUUUGGAAGUGGAUUUUCAUGUAUUUAAUCAUCUCAGUGGAACAUUUGGAAGAGAUAAUUGCUUCUCUGAUCUCUGCACACAAGAUGGUGCUGUCUCUGAAGUGACAGAGUCUCCGGCCCAGCUGUUAAACUCCUCUUCUUGA